GUGACCCCUCCGAUCCCGGCGCCCCGGUUAAAAAAAACAUUCCCCGUUUAAAAACGACAUUCCCUGGAUAAAAACAAGAUUGCCAGUCAAGCGAGCGGCGUUCCCCUGGCUCCUCCGGGAUGUGAGUCCCGGCCGGCCCAAAAGCCGGGCUCUGCCAUGUCCACGCAGGGUUUAUCUCUCUGGGAGGCUGAUCCCGAGGUUUCACUCUCCGGGAGGAAAACCCCUGGCUGCCAACGAGGAAAUAAAUCCACAGCGAUUUUUCUCGGGGCUCCUGUGAAUAAACCACCCUAAAUUUCCCGUCGGUGGGGGCUGAGAGAGCGCCGGGAACGACCCCAAACCCUGCCCAACCUCCCGGCGAUCCCGGGAUUUUGCAAUUCCUUCCCGGGCCGACUUUCCUGAUGGUUGGCGCCGUUUGGUUUUUCCCCGAAAUCCGUAAAUCUCACGCAGGACGGAGGCGGCGCCGGCGGUGGUGCCCGUGUCGGUGUCGGGGCCGGUCCCGUUGCCACUGGCUAUGGCGGGGUAGUGCCGGGGCUGUUCCGCUGCCGCUGCCGGGGCUGCUCCCGUUGCCGAAGGGGUGGCGGAGCCGGCCGCCAGCCUCCCGUGACGCAGGGCAGCGCCGCGCUCCCCGCUCCGCCGCCCGGUCCGCGGCGGGGAGCGGCCCGGCCCGGCCCGGCCCGGCCCGGCCAGCCGCACGCUGCCCUCUGCAGGCAGCCGGCCCCGGGGGCACGAAUCCCCGCCCGCGGGGGCUGCGGCCGCUCCCGCGUCCCUGCCGGGGUGUCCCCCUCGCCCGUGCCCGGUCCCGGCCCGCAGCGCCCCGUCCCGGUGCCCGAGGGAAACUGAGGCACGGGACGAGCGGGCUGUGGGGGCGCGGGGCCUCCGCGCCGCGCAGUGGCGCUGCGGCCGGGGGAGCGGCGCGGGCGGAAGCGCGGCGGCCGCGGGGUUGCCAUGGAGGAGCUGAGCGCGGCGCUGGCUGCGGGCGUGGGGCUGGCGGGGCCCUGCAGCCCGGCCGCGCCGCACCCCCGGCUGGCCGCCUACAAACCCCGCGGCGGCCCCGGGCAGGCCGAGCGCCGGCAGCGCCUGCUCCGCAUCCAGAGAGAGAGGCGGCUGGACUAUGUGAACCAUGCCAGAAGGCUGGCGGAGGACGACUGGGCAGGGGUGGAGAGCGAGGACGAGGACAGAGAAGGGGAAGAUGCGGAGGAAGAGGCAAUGGACGUGGAUGCUGGCAAAAAGCUGCCCAAGCGCUACGCCAAUCAGCUGAUGCUGUCAGAGUGGCUGGUAGAUGUCCCCUCAGAUCUGGAGCAGGAGUGGCUUGUGGUGGUGUGUCCCGUCGGGAAAAGGGCUCUUGUUGUGGCCUCCAGGGGCACAACAGCAGCUUACACCAAGAGUGGCUUCUGCGUCAACAGGUUCCCAUCCCUGCUGCCAGGGGGAAACCGGCACAACUCAACCAGUGACAAAGUGUACAGCAUCCUGGACUGCAUCUACAACGAGGCCAAGCAGACCUACUAUAUCCUGGACGUGAUGUGCUGGAGAGGACACCCUGUUUAUGACUGCCAGACUGACUUCAGAUUCUUCUGGCUCUCCUCAAAAAUCCAAGAGGAGGAAGGGCUGGGAGAGAAAAGCAGGAUUAAUCCGUACAAAUUUGUGGGCCUGCAGAACUUCCCCUGCUCCUCGGACAGCCUGUGUGAGCUGCUGGCUACAGACUUUCCCUUUGAGGUCGACGGGCUGCUUUUCUACCACAAACAAACCCACUACACCCCUGGCAGCACCCCGCUGGUGGGCUGGCUCCGGCCCUACAUGGUCCCUGAGAUCCUGGGGCUCACCGUGCCCGCCACCGUGCUCACAGCCAAGCCGGACUACGCCGGGCGGCAGCUCCAGCAGAUCAUCGAGAGCAAGAGGAGUAAAAAGCUGGCGGAGGAAAAGGGCCACCCUUGCGAGGCGGCUGAGAGGAACGGACACUACGAGCUGGAACACUUGUCCACCCCUCAGCCAGAAACGUGUCCAGAGGCCCGGGAUGGAGCAGUGAGCCAGAUGGAGAGUUAAACUGCUGGGACAGGCCAGUUGGGCAGGGAGCAGGGAAAAGGCUCCCUGCUUCUCACUGUGCCUCGUGUUACUGAGAGGGGGCAGAGUAAUGAUGAUAGGAUGGCUUUGUUAAAGGGGAUGACAGUGGAAUAUCUUGCCUCAGGUGUUGCUGGAUUCUUUUUAUUUGUUGUUAUUACAUACUUUUUGCCAAGACUUCUGUGAGGCCUUAACAGGAUUGUCUGGUUCUUCGCUAAAGCAGUUGGGAAAUGAUCUGUCCCCAUAGCACAGGGAUACAGUUCAGCUCCUGACCCUGUUUCUGUUAGAAUCUUGGCAAAACUCCAGCAUAGGAACAGUGCUUGGACCUCUGAGGUGCAGCUGCUGCUUGUGACCCUUGCAGCAGCCCCACCUUCCCAGCCCUGGAAAUCGGGGCUUGUCAGCCUUUGAUCCAGCUGUCUUCUGAGGCCUUUUCAAUGAAAGUUGUUACUAACAACAAGUUUGCAGUGAGCUGCUGUAAAUCCAAAGGCUGGACUUUCCACACCCACACCUUCUUGGGAAAAUCUAAAUUUCCUUGCGUUGCAGCAGGACCUGCCUCGGAACAGGGUUUUGUGCGGUGCACGCACAGCAGAAGCCUCUUUCUCCUCGAGGCUUUUCUCAGUGGGGGGAGGAAGGAAUGGGUUUGCUCUGAAAAACGCUACCAUUGAUCGUGCCAAAUAAAAGGUUUCUCAGAAAGACAA